AUGAAAGACAGAAUCAAUAGUAUUAAAUUGCAUAAGGUUGAUAUUUUUGAGGGUGUUAGUUACCCCACAAUAUCUAUCUAUCUGGUUCUCAAAUCUGUCUCGGUAUCUAUCUGUCUCGGUAUCUAUCUGUCUCGUUCUCAAAUCUGUCUCGUUCUCUAUCUAUCUUGUUCUCAAAUCUGUCUCGCUAUCUAUCUGUCUCGGUAUCUAUCUAUCUGUCUGAUUCUCAAAUCUGUCUCGGUAUCUGUCUGUCUCGGUAUCUAUCUGUCUCAUCAGUCUCGUUCUCUAUCUCGUGCUCAAAUCUCUCUCGUUCUCAAAUCUGUAUCGGUAUGUAUCUGUCUCGUUCUCUAUCUGUCUCGGUAUCUAUUUGUCUCGUUCUCAAAACUGUCUCGUUUUCUAUCUGUCACGUUCUCAAAUCUGUCUCGGUAUCUAUCUAUCUAUCAUGAUUUAAGACACGACACUACGUGGCCACCCUCUCUAUCUAUCUAUCUAUCUAUCUAUCUAUCUAUCUAUAAUCUCAAUCUUUUCCUUAUCUAUGUAUCUAUCGUAGUUCUAUCUAUCUAUCUAUCUAUCUAUCUAUCUAUCUAUCUAUCUAUCUAUCUAUCUAAAUCAGGCGUGAAACAGAUGAGAGCGUUAUCGUUUCCUCUCUCUUAUCUUUUUUGUUCUUUCUUUCUUUUUCUUCCUUACUUUUUCCUUAAUUUUCCUUUCUUUUUCCUUUCUUUUCUUUUUCUUUUCUUUUUCCUUUCUUUUCUUUUUCUUUUCUUUUUCCUUUCUUUUCUUUUUCUUUUCUUUUUCCUUUCUUUUCUUUUUCCUUUCUUUUUUUUUCCUUUCUUUCUUUCUUUCUUUCUUUCUUUCUUUCUUUCUUUCUUUCUUUCUUUUCUCUCAUUGAAACUAAUCAGUUUGACGUGA